CUGACACCUUCUCCUGCCUUCUCUGCCCACAACCAGGGCCCCUCCACACCACACCCAUGGCCUGCUACGACCUCUGCCGCCCCUGCGGACCCACCCCGCUGGCCAACAGCUGCAACGAGCCCUGUGUCAGGCAGUGCCAGGACUCCACCGUCCUCAUCCAGCCCUCCCCCGUCCGCGUCACCUUCCCAGGGCCCAUCAUGACCUCCUUCCCCCAGAGCCUCCUCGUCGGAUCCACCGCAGGGGCUGCCCUGGGCACGGAGCUCAACGUCCAGGGACAGCCCAUCUCCGGCGGCUUUGGGGCCGCAGGCUACGGCCUGGGCUAUGGCCGUGGCUUUGGCUACGGCCUGGGAGGCCUGGACUGCUACGCCAACAGGGGCUGCUACGGCACCUGCUGA